CCUACCUGGCCACUUUACAGUUGUCAGUUAACCUACUGCGCGUAUCUUUGCGCUGUGAAGGAAAACUAGUGUACCCAGUAAAAAAAAAAAACGACGUGAGCACAGGAAAGCAUGAGACAGACUGGGAUUCAAAUUCUGGUCAACACAGUCGAGCAGCACCGCCGAUGUUAGGCUAAAAGUGGCGAUAGUAAAGUCGCUUUAAACCGGAAGUGGCCGCCGAGUUUCCACUCGAGUCUCCGCACGACAAAUCGGCAGUGGCAGGUAGCAGGAGGCGACUCGAGGUGUGGCGAAGACGGAUUUGGAUAUAAAGGUUUUGAAAACGUGCACGGAAGACCGUUAACCACUAACAAGGUUUCUGUUGCACCUUUGGGGAAGGCAGAUAUCUACCACCAGAAUCUGACUACCUUACCUCUCACCCUGCCUGGCCAUGACAAGAAGUUACCUGGUAUAGGCCGGGUGAGGCUGGGAUAUGGGAUUGGUUCGAUUUAACAUUUCCAGUUUUGUUGUUGGAGCAGCCAUCUAUUUUUUAGGUUCAGCACUGGGUGUUGAUACAUUGGUUCGUUCAAGAGUGGGAGGUUCAGCUGUUUUAGGUUGUGAUCUAACUCCUGCUGUAGCUGUGAACACCACACCUCAGCUUUUCCCCCUUCAUGUCAUUGAGUGGGUACGGCUAGGUUUUCCAGUGCCCAUUUUAAUCAAGUUCGGAGUGUACACACCUCGUGUUCAUCCAAGUUACCGAGGGAGGGUGUUCCUUGAAGGUAGUGCCUCUCUUCGUAUAGAGGCGCUACGCUUAGAAGAUGAAGGCUGGUUCGAGUGCCGAAUUCUUUUUCUGGACAGAGAGAUGGAUGAAUUCCAGAAUGGCACCUGGACCUUCCUGUCCAUCAUAGCUCCACCUGUGUUCAUCAAGAUUCCGCCCCCAAAAGUAGAAGUUCUGGAAGGUGCCUUUCUAUCCUUGACUUGUGCUGCAGAAGGCAAUCCUCGACCUGCCAUAUCAUGGAGCAAGGAAAACCGCGUAUUAGAGAAGAACGACAAACAAGAGGUUUACAAUGGAACUGUAUCCUUGUAUUCUGUAAAAAGAAGCACUGCUGGAGCAUAUAAGUGCCAAGCAUCCAAUGAAGCUGGAAACAUAACACACUCUACUGAGCUACUGGUACAAGGUGCUCCAGUAAUAGUUCUGCAGCCUGAGGAUCUCAUUCUGAACAUGUCCCAGGAUGCUAUGCUCCAGUGCCAUGCAGAAGCCUAUCCUUCCAACUUAACAUAUCUGUGGUGGAAGCACAAUGAGAACGUCUUUCACGUGGACUCACUGAAGACCAGAGUUAAGAUUUUAAUUGAUGGAACUCUGCUUAUACAGAGGGUUACCCCAGAUGAUACUGGAAACUACACCUGCAUGCCAACCAAUGGCAUCCUUACUCCACCUACUGCCUCAGCUUUCAUCAUUGUUCUCCACUCCGCUCAAGUCAUCAACAUGCCUGAAGAAACCUAUUUGCCAAUGGGGAUGAAGGGGGAGAUCACAUGUCCAGUCAGGGCAAACCCACCCAUGAUGUUUGUGAAUUGGACCAAAAAUGGAGAACCACUAGAUACUGAGUCGCUUCCAGGUUGGUCUGUGAGUGAAGAUGGAACAAUUUUCAUUGCAACUUCCAAUGAGGACACUCUUGGUCUCUACCGCUGCACCCCUUACAAUAGCUAUGGUACAAUGGGUGAAUCCGUGCCAACCAGAGUUAUCCUACAGGAUCCACCUACUUUUCGUAUCACUCCUCGAGCUGAAUAUCUACAGGAAGUUGGAAGAUAUCUUAUCCUGUCCUGUGCAGCCAACGGGGACCCCCCUGCCAACAUAACAUGGACAAAGGUUGGCAUUACUCCAAAAUCUCCAUUUCAUGUAGCUCUCAAUGGGUCUCUUAUUCUCAACCCCCUUGCCAAAGAUCACCAAGGGCUUUGGGAGUGUCUGGCCAGGAACAGGGUGGCAUCUGUCUCUGUCCAAAGUGCUGUGUAUGUGCUUGGUACCAGUCCUCAUGUUGUUUCUGCAGUGUCAGUGGCUCCUGGAGUGGGUAGUGCCAAUAUCUCUUGGGAACCUGGAUUUGAUGGGGGGUACACUCAGAGGUUCAGUGUAUGGAUGAAGAGGGCAUCCCGUGGUAAACAUGAAUGGACUUCACUCCCAGUGCCACCUCCUCAGAACUAUUUACUGCUCUCCAGUUUACUACCUGACAUGGCUUACCAGUUCUGUGUUCUGUCUCAGAAUAAACUAGGCAGUGGUCCUUUUAGUGAAAUUGUGACAGUGCUCACACUGCCCCUACCCCAAACUGACCCACCUCCACAGGGGAGUAACAUGUCUUCACUUAGUCCACCAACCUCUUUGUCCGUCAAUCAGAGCUCCAUUGGGCUUGUGUUAAGGUGGACGCCACCUUUUUUUCAUCUGUCAUCUGUCAAGGGUUUUAUUCUUGAGUCCAAGAGAGAAAGAGGGGAAUGGUCUGUACUUGAAGAUUCCAUUGCAGCCAAUCAAACAGAAAUAUUGGUUCAAGGGCUACUUAAGAAUUAUAACUAUGAGCUGCGUAUGCUAACCAUGGGUGAAGAUGACAUUAGUGAAGCGAGUGAAUCCAUCAACAUCUCAACUAUAGGACUGGACAUGUACCCCUCCCGGACAACUUUGUCAGAACUCCUUCCUGAGCCACUGUUAGCUGGUGUCAUUGGUGGAACCUGCUUCUUAUUUGUCGCAGUUAUUUUGUCCAUAGUGACAGCCUGUGCCAUGAAUCGGCGCAGAGAGAGACGCCGGAGAAAACGGAGAGAUGAUCUCCCACUCGCAUUUCAGAAGAGCCUGUCUCCACAAGCUGGCUCGUUUGCUGACAGCCCAGACAGCGUCAUGAAGUUCAAACUUCGCCCCUUUCUCUUUGGCAGUGCCUCGGAUUAUGCUUCUCUUGAGAAGAGAGGCAAAAACAGCCAGGAAUCACAGAAACGACAGCUACUCUGCAAUCCACUACCCAAAUACACUCUUUUUGAGAGUCACUUGGGUGGCAUGUCUUCUCCAACCUCUCCCAUCGAACCCAUUUCUAGAGGUCCUGAUGGUAGGUUUAUUGUGCAGCCAGAAUGCAUAUCUCCUCCGGAGGUGAAGAAAAAUCUGAUAAAGGAUUUUCCACAGCUCAAUGGGACUUCAGCCGCUGAGGCUGAUUUUGACAAUGAAAAAUUAGAAGUAAUAUCUAAAAAGUCUUCAAAUGACUGCUCCUAUGACUACAGCAGUGAGGAGCAAAUCAAACCUGGUCAUGUAGAGAAGAGUAUCAACAGCUUGACUACAAAUGAAAAAGCCUUCUGUUCCUUUCCUGUAAGCAAACUCGAAAACAGUUUUGAUAGUAGAGAAAGCUAUAGCUCUUGGGCUAAAGAACAAGUCAGAUAUUCUCAGCACAACGGUGGUUUGUACACCAGAGAGGAGCAGAAUACAGAGAGUGAUUGGAGGAAGUAUGCAGUAACAUAUGAGGCUGAGAAACAGGGUAAAGACAUAAAAAGAAGUUGCUUAAAUGACACAGAAAUGAAUACAAAAAAACACCAUUCAACCAAAAGUGACAGCCUUCGCUAUGCAUAUGAAGAUCAGUAUACAACGGAGGGGGAUUUGUCACAAAGUACACAGGGUAGGAUUGUGGAUUUUGAAAAUUCUCUGAGAAGACAAGCAAACAAAGACUUUUGUAAGGGUUAUGUACCAUUUAGUAUAUCCCGUGAAGAAGCAGCUUGGCAAAAAGACAGACUACAGUAUCUGCCUGGUGCAGAAUCUCGGAAUGUUAUAACCAAGGACAUUGCAAUGCUUGAUUCAAACUAUAGUUCACCUCAUCCAUCAAAAACACAUUGGUUCCACCAGUCACAGCUAAAGAAAGAAAAAUACAGCUCUGAAGAAACAGAGGAGAAGGAAAAAGCUGCCAUGUUCAAUCACACUUCUUUAACAAGAGGGGAUGCCAAACUGACCAGAAGAGAGAUGGAAGAAAAAGUACCAGAGAAGAACCCAGUGGACCGGGAGAGGCGUAUAACAAAUGCUAGUAUCUUAGUCUCUGAGAUGGAAAAAGAAAGUGACCACAAAAGAGAGAAAGACAGCUUGAAUACAUAUUUUAAACAUGCUAAAGAGAGAGAUUCAGAGAAGAGAAAAGACAGAAUUCUUAGUCAUCAGCAGAGCCCAGAGGGAACAAAAGAGCAGGACAAGCAGCUUGAAGAAGCAAUAUGGCAACCACAAUCAGUGUUGUUAAGGUCCAAGAGCCGUUCCUCUGCACUUAAUGCUCAAAAGCACAGCUUUCGCAGGGGCUGCUAUUUUGGUAACACAAGCAGCCCUUUGAGCCACACCUCUUCUGCCUCCUACAUCCAAUGGGAUGUCAGUCCUGUAACAUCUGUAACCAAUCUGCUGCCAGUAGAAAGAAACCCAUUUGUAUGGAAUGACUGUAAAGGGGCUAAACAUGGGGUUAAACAUGCAGCCUCUGAAUGUUUUCUUUCUCCAAACAAUGCCAGCUCGCCUCAAUUCUCUGGUGAUUUAAGAGAGACAAAAGCAGUAUACCCAGAGAAAUUGGGGUGUACAAAAAGAGAAAAUGAUACAGGGAGCAGGGAAGUGGAUGACAAGAUUUUGAGGCAGUCCCUACAGGUGGCUGAAGAGGAAAUCCACACUGAUGAAGGAGAAGAAGCAAGUGACAGGGAAGCAGAUGUACAUUCCUUAGACUCAACAGUUAUAUGCAGGGCAGAAGGGUUCAAAGGAGAAGAGAAAGAGGUGACAAAAAGGGAUGAAUAUUUGUGUAAUGCUACAGCCAUAGCCAUGAAUGAAAAUGGAGGAAGAGUAAAUGAAGGUAAUAACUACUCCUCUGCUGGUGGAAAUUCUGAAACUUCCUUUCAGUUUAAUUCCAGUAAAACUGAGGAGAUGGGAAUAGAUGCAGGAAAGGUUGAAAGAAUAAAAAAUAACUCCACUGCUGAAGAAAAGAGCACUCAAGAUGGAGCAAAAUCUCUGCAGCCAACAUCUGAAAGUAAGGAUACUGUUCAGCUAGAAAGUGAGGAUGAGAUGAAGAGCAGUGACCACUGUGUAACCACAGCACUCUUAUCCAAUAGUAUUGAAAAAGAAGGUGUCCGUGCCCGUUCUAGAAAAAGUGAAAAAUACGAAUUCAAUGACAGUUCAGCUAGCUUGUCUUCUGUGACUUUCUUUCAGGACAAUGAUGGAGAAGAUGAGCAGUCUAAUUUGUCUAUAUGCAAAUCUCCUGUUUCUUUGAAAACUGGAAUGCUGAAUCGAAAAUCCCCAUCACCAGUUAAUACUUCACAGCAACAUUCCUUGUCUUUGCUGUAUACAAGCAGCAUUUUGGAAUAUUUGAGUUUACCAGGUUUUAUUGAAAUGAGUGUUGAUGAACCCAUGGAUCAAGCUGAAGUCACAGACACAGAUGUUUGUGCUCCAGAGUCAAAGGACAAGAAUGAAGCCAGUUCAGGAAUGAAAAGUUCCCAGGAAUCUUUAGAGACAUGCAAAGCAUCACACUCAUGCCAAAAGCAGCAAGGCUUUUCAAAUGGCACAUCUGGUUUAGCCUCAGAAGUUAUGUUGAACUUGAGUGACUUUCAUACUUCAUUGGCUCAGAAGCCUGACCUUACUAUAGAUACUCCUGGAUAUUCUCCUGAGUUUAAUUCUUUAAAACAGUCACCCAAGUUUGAAAUAGAGACAAAACAUACCCCAGAUUUGGGGUUGGGUGAACAUAGAGCAUAUAAAAGUUCUGAAAAUGACUUAUCAGUGAGCAUGGAUUUGGUUAAAAAAGAACUGCGGGCCUCACAAGAGACGCUUGGAAGUUCUUUAGCUGGAAAGCCAGGAAACAUUUCCAGGAGGAUUGAUCUAAAGAGCCCUCCAGAACCUUUCAAAGACAGAAAUGUUUAUGUAGCUCCAAACCCUGACAACUUAUUUAAACAUAAACCAGAUCUUAUUAAGAGCCUGGACUUUAAAAGAACCAAUUUUUCUUAUCAAAGUCAGCCAUGCCCUAGGCCUUUCCUAAAUCAGUCUCAAAUUUUAGAAGGUUCAGCUUCUGAAUCUCAUGGUUCUGAGCAAUUCCUUAGAAAAUCUCAUAGUUUAGGAGCUCAGUGGUGGAAGCAGUGUGAAAGCACAAGGCCUUCCACCUCUCAGAGCUGUGGAUAUUUACUGCAGCACACUCGUGAUUGUAGUCGAAAUGCUCUGCAAAAAUCGGGUUCAUCUCCAAAAGGAAAGUCCAGUUCAGAAACUCUCCAGGUGAAUACUUGGGAACAUUCUGCACUGACAUUGCCCAAGUCAACAGGGCCUAGUCAGUUGAUGAAAAACAUGUCCGCCUCAAGGUUGAUGGAUGUUGAAAGUCCAAACACACUAUCUUGUGAAAGAGCAAAGUGGAUGAGACCAAAGCAAAAUGCCUCAGGAGAAAUAAGUGGGAAAACAGAAUUUCUGAGACCACCUGCAAUUAAAAAGGGACCACUAAGGGCUUAUUUGCCAAGAGGGUACAGCUGGCCAUCACCCUAUCAUUGUUCCAUUGGAUUUAGGACACCAGUACAUGAAACAAGCAAAGUGGAUGAAAGUGAGAGGGAAACUGAUGUAUUAAUACAAGACUUGAAAGAUGUGAAAGAAGCCAGAGCAAGCAUUGCCAGUCAGAGCAGUGGACGAGGAAGCAUGGGCACUUCUUUUUCUCAUUCACUCCCCCGAGGUUCCCUUUCUCUUUCUCCUUCUUUACCUGGCUCUCCUGAAACUACUCAGUGUACAGACAAUGAGACAGAGAAUGAGUCUCACAAGGCAAUGGCAGCGGACAGCAACAUGUUGGAGAACAGGACUCAAAAAAGACGUGAUACUUCAGUAGAUGAAAGCUAUGAGUGGGACUCAACUGAAUUUUCUGUUGAAUCAGAAAUUCUUGAAGCUUUGAAAAUAUACAAAGGCAAUAGCAGAAGAGAAGAACGAGUUCAAGAGAAAAGGAAAGAUCGUCCCCGAUCUACCAUUGCACUGAGAGAGCUGGAAAGUAAAGGUCUGCUCAGUCCAUUGGCUUCAGGUAGUUCAUCUACAUACAGGGUCCCUGUGCACUCCUUGAGUGAGGCUCGUUUCAAUGCGCUGAGGCUUGAAUUUCAGGAAUAUCGCAAGGCACAGGAAGCCGAACAUAAGACAGCAUCUGACCAGGAAGCCACACUGCUCUGAGACCCAGGCUACCACAAGACCAAGACAGAUCAACAUUCCACCCUUCAGCCAGUUACUGGACCCUAAGGAGAAACCUGCUGAGUGCAAUAAACUAGAGCUGGAAAAUCUAUUCAGCUGGAAUAAGAGCCUUGUCAUUUUCAGGUUAUUAUUUGUACCAAAAAUCAACAGCCCUGAGACCAAAUUGCUCACAUUAAGUGGAAAAUUCUUCAAAAGCUAUUAAAUAGCAAGUGGGUCUUAUGAAUCAGUUCCUUCAUGCAGGUGUAAUAAUGGAAGAUGGACAGAAUUCUGUCACCACCUGGAAUGAAAAAUAAAGGGUGGUGGACUUCUCAUGAAACACAGGAAGGAUCAACACCUUUCAGACAACAUCACACAUUUUUGGAGAGCAGAGGAUACGGCUAGAGAUUUUGGACGGUCAGCCCAUGUACUGUAUGUUAUAGGUUUUGCUUUUGCACUAUGAACUUGUCAUGUUUCAGAGACUUGAGCACUGCUUUUACAAAUAAUUUAGUGGGGAAGUGAUUGGAAUUCAAGGCCAGGUACAUGAAUGUAGGACAUGAAAAGAUCAGAAUGUCUACCCACUUCAAGGAUGUUUUCCCCUUUAUGAAGUUAGUUGCUUAUGGUUUACUUCCGAGUUCAAUUUGGGGGAACGUGUGAUUGGCUGAUGUUUUCGAGUGCAGCUUUAUUUUUUUUGUGCAAGUCAAACUUGAAGUAGAAGGGGAUUCAUUCCCUCAUACUGUAUAUGGUAUAUUUGUACAAUGCCAUCCAGUUAUUUUUGUUUUUAUGUUGUAAUGUCAUCCACUGAUCUUUAGUUUUCACUGAGACAAGAUGUGAGUUCUGAAAGUGUGCCAAGUUGUUUAGCUGUGAUGAUAUUCUGCACUGUACAUACUUCACUGGGGUGCGUGUGUGGACAUCUUAGAUCCACAAGACACUUGGCCACUUUCCUGGCUUUCACAUUUUAAGGCUAUAGCGAGUAGGUAGGAAUUUAACAAUUGGCACUUAUUUAUUUGCUGGUUCCUGUUCACGAUUCUAUGACUAUAUGAAUAUGUGGUGUCAAAUGGUUUGGGAAAGCUGAAAAUAUUUCACAGUGUGGGUACGAAAAUGGUAACAUUCCUAAAACUUUACAUUAUAGAACUCUUCACUUUCUUUCAUAAGAUCUAUUAGCUGCUGUUCUUUAAAAUUACAUCUGAAACAUUACAGUAAGUUUAAACUGAAAAUAACUCAGAAAAGCACAAUUAUUAGUCAUUUGAUUCAUCCAUUCAGUGAGGUGAAACCUGUUCUGGCAGCAUCAGGUGCAAGGUGGGAAUCAGCCCCUGUGUGGGGGGCUUGCUCAUAUACUGUAUGCUGGCACAGAGCUGUGUCACCCCUUUUUAGGGGAAACGGGAUAACUUGCAGGAAACUGAUGUGAACGAGGGGAGAAUGUGCAGACUACACACAGACACGCCUUGCAAUCCUCCACUCAUCCUUUGUGUUUCUAAGGUUGACAUCAUUUGCAGGAUGAUGAGGGGACUGUUGGCUGCCACAGUAAAGGUUAAAGCAAUCGUAAUGCGCACCAAAAUGUUUGAUUCAGUUUUUACUUAGUUUAAUUCUCAGUUUUGCUUUCUGUGUUCUUCCAUUUUAUAUUCCUAAGUACAGGGCAAGUCUGUAUGGACUGAGCGUGAGUGAUUGUGAGGUCAGAGUGUCAUUUUAAACACUUUCAUCCAGAACCUUCUGGUGCCCACGACCUUGUAAAGGAGAUACUGGGGUCAGGAAAUGGAUGGAUGGAUGAAUGCAAAUAAGAAGAAGGAUUCUGAAUAUCUGAACCUGACACUGUUUGUACUGGAAAGGAUUGAGUUUAAUGUAAUCAUAUGCCCUUCUAAUUCUAUGCAUCUCUUUAACUUUUAAUGCUAGUUUAAUUUAAUGGCUGUACAUUUUGUAAAUACUCAAAUUUGUAUGUGUAUGUGUGUUUUUUUUUUUACUGGGUUUUGCUCAUAAAUGUCACUUGUUGUUGAUUUACACAUGUUCUGUAGCUUUAUACAGUCUGCCACUUGCCCUGCAGGAUUGCGGCGCGUUUUCUGAAGUGUUCCGGUACACAGUGCUUCAUUUGAAAAGGUUUACUUGUGCGAUUAUCUAUGCACCAUCUCUGACAUGACACACUCCUUGGCGUGCAUUUGCGCACACGUCGUAUGAUGUGCGUCCCUGCAAUUAAAGUUGUUUCCUAAUGGACUGCUGCUGCUUAAGAAGCAGAAUGAAUGUGAAUUGAUUUUUUUUUUGUAUAUAUAUAUAACAGAGUACAAUAUUUUUAUUUGAUUAUCUUUUUUGAUUUUUAUUUUAUGUACAGUUAUGGUCUGAGCUCACCCAGUAUUCACGUACCAGUUUGCGGCGACUUUUCCAUAAAUCAAAACCUUCACACUUUGAUGAAGUUGAGAGACAUUUUAUUCAAAGAAAUUACAAACCUUGGGAGCUCAAGCAUCGUUUGGUUAAUUUUAAUGCACUGAUUUUAUUUUUUUGCUUUUAAAUCCCAUAUUUGAGCAGGACCAGCUCAUCUUUGUCAGACUUGGUUGCACUCCCAGUGGUGUGUGGAGCUCCCCUUCUGCAUCAUGGCAGUGCUCAGCGUGGAGAAUGCUGGCCAGGUUUUAUUUGGACUCCUUUCAAAACUUGUCAACAGAUGUGUUCCAUCAUUUGAUAAAUGGGGACUAUUAUAUUAUUUUUUUAUAUACAAAUAUUCUUUUUGUACCAAAUUCUUAAAUUACAACACAGGUUUUGAACAAAGAUUUUGAAGUGUGAAUUUGUUUAAAUUGUUUGUUAAAAUUUUAAUAAACUUUACUAAAAAACAAAA